AUGUGGUUUAUAUAUUUGCUGAGCUGGCUGUCGUUAGUCAUCCAGAUCUGCUUCGUCACGUUAGCCAUAGCUGCUGGUUUGUACUAUUUGGCAGAACUAAUAGAAGAAUAUACAGUGGCCACAAGCAGGAUAAUUAAGUACAUGAUAGUGUUCUCCACAGGAGUGCUGGCGGGGCUGUAUCUGUUUGAAAGCUUCCCCAUGUUGAUGGUUGGAGUGGGGCUCUUCACAAACCUGGUGUACUUUGGUUUGCUGCAGACUUUCCCCUACAUCCUGCUCAGCUCCCCCAACUUCAUCCUCUCGUGUGUUUUGGUUGUUGUGAACCAUUAUAUGGCCUUCCAGUACUUUGCACAAGAGUAUUAUCCAUUCUCAGAGGUACUGGCAUACUUCACUGUCUGCCUGUGGAUUACUCCGUUUGCCUUCUUUGUGUCGUUAUCAGCGGGAGAAAAUGUCCUUCCAUCCACAAUGCAGCAAGGAGAUGACGUGGUGUCAAAUUACUUCACAAAAGGGAAGAGGGGAAAGCGGUCUGGGAUCCUGCUGGUGUUUUCCUUCCUGAAGGAGGCGAUACUUCCAAGUCGUCAGAAAAUGUACUGA